GGUUGACUUCUGUUCCUGUGCCGGUCCCUCUCCCUGUUCAGCUUUGUGCAGACAUGAACCCCAGCGACCCCAGCUACUCCUUGGCUUCACUCUAUGUGGGGGACCUGCACCCCGACGUGACCGAGGCGAUGCUCUAUGAGAAGUUCAGCCCGGCAGGGCCUAUCCUUUCCAUCCGGGUGUACAGGGACAGAACCACCCGCCGCUCGCUGGGCUACGCGUCCGUAAACUUCCAGCAGCUGGAGGAUGCCGAGCGGGCCUUGGACACCAUGAAUUUCGAUGUGAUAAAGGGCAAGCCGGUUCGCAUCAUGUGGUCUCAGCGGGACCCAUCGCUGCGCAAGAGUGGGGUAGGCAACAUAUUCGUCAAAAAUCUGGACAGAUCCAUUGACAGUAAAACGCUGUAUGAUACGUUUUCUGCCUUCGGUAACAUCCUUUCCUGUAAGGUGGUGUGUGAUGAGAAUGGCUCCAAGGGUUAUGGAUUCGUACACUUCGAGACACAGGAAGAAGCCGAACGAGCAAUUGAGAAAAUGAACGGGAUGUUCCUAAAUGACCGCAAAGUGUUCGUUGGGCGCUUUAAGUCUCGUAGAGACCGGCAGGCUGAACUUGGAGCCAGGGCCAAGGAGUUCACCAACGUUUACAUCAAGAAUUUGGGAGAAGACAUGGAUGAUGAAAGACUCCAAGAUCUCUUCAGCAGAUUUGGGCCUGCCUUAAGUGUUAAAGUCAUGACUGAUGAAAGUGGAAAGUCCAAAGGAUUCGGAUUUGUAAGCUUUGAAAGGCAUGAAGAUGCACGAAAGGCAGUGGAUGAAAUGAACGGAAAAGACCUCAAUGGAAAACAAAUUUAUGUAGGUCGAGCUCAGAAAAAGGUGGAACGACAGACUGAACUGAAGCACAAAUUCGGGCAGAUGAAGCAAGAUAAGCCCAAAAUUGAACAGGUACCACAAGAUAGAAGCGUCAGAUGCCAAGGUGUUAACCUUUACGUGAAAAACCUCGAUGAUGGUAUUGAUGACGAGCGUCUCCGGAAGGAGUUUUCUCCGUUUGGGACUAUCACUAGUGCAAAGGUAACAAUGGAGGGUGGGCGCAGCAAAGGAUUUGGUUUUGUAUGUUUCUCCUCUCCAGAAGAAGCCACCAAAGCCGUUACAGAAAUGAAUGGCAGAAUAGUGGCAACCAAACCACUCUACGUAGCUUUAGCUCAACGCAAAGAGGAGCGCCAGGCUCACCUCAGUAACCAGUACAUGCAAAGAAUGGCAAGCACCAGUGCCGUGCCCAACCCAGGCAUCAACCCUUUCCAGCCAGCACAGGGUCUUUCAGGAUACUUCAUGACAGCUACAGCACCGACUCAGAACCGUGGGACAUACUAUGCUCCUAACCAAACUACUCAGCAAGGACCAAGUGCCCGUGGGAGUGCUCAGGGUACCAGAGCGCAUCCAUUCCAAAACAUGUCUAGUGCCAUCCACCCAUCUAAUACUAUGCCAUCAUUUAGUACUUCAGGACCCACUUCCUCACAGGCCGUACGACACCGUACUGCCAGCACCUCCACACAGAUGAUGGGCCCACAUCCUGCAGCUGCUUCUACUGCAGCUGCUCCUGCCGCCCGCACAGUUACUCAGUAUAAAUAUACUGCUGGAGUCCGAAAUCCCCCUCAGCAUCUUAAUACACAGCCACAGGUCACCACGCAGCGGUCUGCUGUUCCUGCCCAAGGUAAAGAAUCUUUGACUGUCUCCAUGUUGGCAUCUGCUCCUCCUCAAGCUCAAAAGCAAAUGUUAGGGGAAUGGCUAUUUUCUCUUAUUCAGGCCAUGCACCCUGCCCUUGCCGGUAAAAUCACCGGUAUGCUGUUGGAAAUUGAUAAUUUAGAGCUACGCCACAUGCUUGAGUCUCCAGAGUGUCUCCACACCAAAGUCGAUGAAGCCAUAGCUGUACUGCAAGCCCACCAAGCUAAAGAGACUUCCCAGAAAGCAGUCAGCAGUGUUGCUGGUGUCCCAACUUCUUAAAGUUGAGCAAAAGAAAGCAUAAAACCUCCUGCUUCACUGAAGAAAAAAAAAAUCUAGACACCAAAAAACUGUGACAACAAAAAGAAAACUAGAAACUAAGCGAAAAGGAAAGGAACUUAUAAUCUCCUGUGCCAUCAGUGUCAGGUCUAGUGUGCAAUGCAAACCCCAGGUCACUUGGUUUAAGACAACAGAUAACAGAAAUAGUGACAUUUAAGAUCAGAUUAAUGUUAUCGACUUUGGGGAAAUGAUUUUCUUUUAACAAAGUGCAAAAAUUUAAAGCCUUUACUUCAAUUAUAAUUCAAAUAGCUCAAGAAGUCAUUUCUAAGUAACAGAAUUGAUACUUGAACAAGGACCAUGGUUCAGAUCAUAAUAUCCUUGCUUUACUAAAGCUUCCUUAAAGAGUAGAAGGGGGAAACUAUUGGCUAAUAAUACCUCUAAGACUUCUGGAAGGCUACUCCUGUCUUGUGGCCAGCUGUAUUUCCACUCAGUUGUUGCCGGAUAUAAAACACACCCCACACUAUCUCUAAUUCACAUAAUUGAUAUACCAAAGAACCCCCUUCAACUUAGAAGCUUGUGUCUGUGGCAUGAACUACAGAAAGUGAAUUUUAACCGCCAUAAAAGUUACCUUCAUAGUUUCUGGACUUCACUAACUUAUGUAAAUAUGUGCCUUCUUCACACUCAAUCUAACAUUCAGAUUACAUUUAUGCAGUGGCAUUUUGCUGUGCUUUGGAAGAUACAGGAGUUCUGGUUUUCUUGGAGCUGUGUUUUGGUGGAAUAGAUGUGAAGUAUUGGAUCACUAAAUACAUACUCUACAAAAACAGAGGAAAAGAGAGGGAAGAAGGGAGAUAGGAGACUUCGGAGGGGAGAGGGAUUAAUCUGCUUUUUUUUCAGGCCCCGAGAAAACGCAAACACAUCAGGAAGGCAUGUGUGCCCUCUGGAGCAUAUAUGAGCUAAGUGGAUUCUAGAGAGAAGAGCUGGGGUGUGUGGCUUUCUCCACACAAAGAGGGAGGAUUGGAGUAGAAAAGCAACAAAGGGGGUUUUCAUGAAUUUCGAUCUAUACAAUAAAGCUGUUUUUCACAAAUACAAA